UAUUUAAUAGGUUCUUCUAUCCCUAAACUUGCUGAAACUGGUGGUUAAUUCUAGGUACUUGAAUUCAGAUGAUUUGGUGAGGGAUGUGGAAAGAACACAGAACACUUAACUGGUGUUAAAUGUACUGUGUAGUUUCUGUUGCAUUAUAUUAGAUGUUAUAUCAGGGUUGCCUCUCUUUUGUUUUUUACUUUAAAAUAUUGAUGUACCUUAUUGCACACUGCAGAACAGAGCUAUCCAGUAGAAUAUUCAUAAUGAUGGAAAUGUUCUUAAUACCACUAUCUGAUUUGGUAGACAUGGACUGCAGCUGUAAGAAACUGAAUUUUUAAUUUUAAUAGCCAUAUGUGACUGCUGGCUGCUAUAUUGGAAAGUACAGCUAUAGGACUUUCAAAAAAUGUUAAGUAACAGAGGUAGCAAUAGAUGUCUCUUUGUUCUUGAUUUUAGCCUAAAUUCCUAUUCCGUUUCAUCAGUAAAUAUGAUAUCAGGUUUUGUGUGCCUAUAAUAAAUUUGUUAUAACUAUGUGACCUUAAUUUUUCUUAAUGGACAGAGAUCUAGGGCAGCCCUGCAGAGGUACCUGUUCUACUGUAAUCGCUAUAUGAACCACAUGCAGAGUCUCCGCUUUGAGCACAAACUGUAUGCUCAGGUGAAGCAGAAAAUGGAGGAGAUGCAGCAGCACAACAUGUCCUGGAUUGAGGUGCAGUUCCUGAAGAAAGCAGUUGAUGUCCUCUGCCAGUGUCGUGCCACACUCAUGUACACUUAUGUCUUCGCUUUCUACCUCAAAAAGAAUAACCAGUCCAUUAUCUUUGAGAAUAACCAAGCAGAUCUAGAGAAUGCCACAGAGGUGCUCUCGGGUUACCUCGAACGAGAUAUUUCCCAAGACUCUCUGCAGGAUAUAAAGCAGAAAGUACAAGAUAAGUACAGAUACUGUGAGAGUCGACGAAGGGUUUUGUUACAGCAUGUGCAUGAAGGCUAUGAAAAAGAUCUGUGGGAGUACAUUGAGGACUGAGAAUGGCCCUGCAUAAAAUGAACUCUGAAAACUUUACCAUCUAGAGUGCUCAUGCAAUUAAAACAAACAAAACAAACACAAACAAGGAGGCACUAAGCCUGUUCUGACACUGCUGGUCUGUAGAACCAGAAUUCUGUUUUGUUAACGGAAAGUUUAAGUAAAUUAUAUUGUAAUAAAAAAAAGGUAGAUAAACCAUUGUACAACAGUAUUCUAGGCCGCCAACAAAAGUGUGACAGACACACUAAAAGCCCUCCAACUUUAACUUGUAACGUAGCUUCAUUCUCAAAGCUGACUCCUUUUUUUUCAUUUUCUUUUUCCUGAGUGUAGUACAGUUAAAAUUUAAAACAGCUCCUUGACACUGCUUUUCAUGUCCAAACCAGCCAUUUUGUUGUACUUUGGUAAAGGACCUCUCCCGUUUCUCCCCUACACAUACAGAUACACCCACACACACAGACUGUCUCUCUCUCAUACCCCAAGGUCAUGAGUGAAUAAUGAUUAGUUCCUUGUAAAGAAAAUUCUUGGGGCAGGAAGAGGGUAGGCAGAAAGAGGAAUUAAACAAAAAAACAAAAAAAACUUUGUAUAUGACUUUUAAAACAAGAGGACAACACAGUAUUUUUCAAAAUUGUAUAUAGUGCAUAUGCAUGGACAAAGCAAGCGUGGCACGUGUUUGCAUAAUGUUUAAUUACAAAAAAUAUUUAUUCUUUAAAAAUCUUCAAGAUUAUGUCUAUUUGCUGUGCAUUUUCUUUCAGUUUGCUUUAUCUUUCCAGGGUUGAGGGUUGGGAUAAAAGGUGUGUUGGUUUAGCACCUCUGGAAGACCUAACUUGAGUUCUUUGAUUUCCGUUUCCUGAAAUUACUUUGCCCUUUCUGGUUUUGAUGUAUUUGUCGCUGGCCCUGGGUCUCAUGCCCGGAAUUGCCAGCCCCUGGUCGAGCACAGAGGGGUCAAGCUCUGACUAAAUGCCGUGGCCUGGUAAGGGCUGCAGCAGGGAGCUUUGCUGCUGCCGCUGAAGAGUGACCCAGUCUCCAACCUCAUCCCUCUCCGCAGCCUUGUACAUCUACGGAAGCCUUUGUGUGCCCGUGUCAGACACACAGCUGAAGGCUGCCUAGGCUUCCUGUCACAUCCAGAGGAAACAUUUCAAAAAUUUGUCCCUUUAAUUGCUGCUUUGAGCCUUUUAAGAUUUUUCGUUAUGGCUCUUCUCUCACCCCUUCUUUAUGUUAGGGUGUCAAAUAGGACAUUUUUGCUUUAAAUAUAAAUAUAAAUAAAUAGCCAUUCACUUAGAUUCAGAUUGUGAAUUAAAAAUGGCAGAUACUGAAAUUGCUUGUGUGUGUUGCUGUGGGUUCAGUUUGAAGGCAAACAUCCUAGAACUUGAUAUUCCCAUCUAGUGCAUUUAAAUAGAUAUCACUGUUUGCUUCUUUUCUAUUUGUCAACAGAUAGGAGAAUUAAUAAGGCGUUUUAGCUGUGAUGUCCAUUUUUAUGAAAUUUCUACUAAGAGCUAUGUUAAAAGUAAAGGAUGGUGGUGGUUUUAUUAACUAUGUAUCUAUUUAGGCCAUUCUGGCUGUGGUGUUUUUCAUCCCUAAAUCUGUCCGUUUUAUACAGGAGUACGGAGUGAACUAGGCAACUAGAUGAGGUCUUAAUACUAAGCACCACUUCUGGCUGAAGGACCUCUUUGUCUUCCUCUCAACGUCUUGCGCCUAGGGAGUGUUUACCUUUUGUGAGGCAGCUUUGUCUGCUCUUGCACCAUACAUCUUACUACUCCAUUGGGAAGUAGGUUCACUUUCCUCUGGCCUUUUGCCUAAGUUAGGCUUUGCUAAAUCAACCCUACUUUUCCUUUUAGAAAAGGUUGUUACAUGAGAUGUCCUUGCAACUGUUCUUUUCCCAUCAGAAAUCAGUGAAUGUUUGCUGAGUAUAUUAUGCUGCUUCCUUAAACCACUUGUCGCUCUAGGAUCAACUUUACCUAUACCUUUUAUCCUCCCCUCCCUUGCCACCUCAGGUGCAAGUCUGAACUCAGUGUCUGCUUCUUCCUUAUUCUCUUCUCCUUCCCUUUCCCUGUCAACCAUUUGAUUUUAUUUUAAAUGACUGCAUCAAUCUUAAAAGGCAUUUAUCAAAACUAAGGAUUUUUUUUUUUUUUAAGAAAGCUUGAAUAAGUUCCUUUCCCUGGUAACUUUGAAAAGCAGCCAGAGUUGCUAUCUAGAUAUAUGUGGUCCCCUUAAAAUGUUUUGUGUAUAUGUGGUGUUUUAAGAAAUAUCUUACAUGGUUAACUACAGUAUCUAGAUUUGAGUGUCAUAAAUCCUUUUUACACACUCCCCUUACAAGAGGUAUCCAGAAACAGUGUGUGCACUUCAUAAUAACAGUCCCCACCCAUGGAAGAACAGUGCUUUUUAGAGCUGUUUUCUAGUUGCAGUGUUGGCAUAUUUACCUGAGGGUAUUGCAGUUGUGGGUGCAUUCCCUUAUAUGUAUGGAUCAAGAUGAAUUGGCCUUUUCCAGUUCAAGCUUUUAACAACUAUCUCCAUAUCUGACAGAACUCCCAUCAGUUAAUCACUUUCAUUGUCAAUAACUUCAGUGGUCUCAGCUGGGAUAGGUCUUAAGCCAUAUGAUAUGACGGCUUCCCUGUUUCACAUACCUAAGUCUUUCUGUCACAGGGCUCUAUUCAUGGUCAGCACCAGGGUCUCCCUUGUCUUCUUGAGGUCUUCUGAAAACUGCAUGCAUCAUUUGAACAAUUCAUUGAGCAGUAGAUGGACUUAAAUAAUUUACAAUAAAAUUGUUGAUCCAAAGCGCAGGACUACAAACCACAGUGGUAAAAUUGAGUGGCAUAUAUCAUCAGACUCUAAAUUCUGUGUAAUCCGCUGCAACCCAGAUUGUACAUGUUUUAUGUGUGUUUAAAUAAAUACAUUAAAUACACAUGUGUAUACAUAUACACAAAUAUAGCAGAUCCAAGACUGACUGACUUGAUUUGAAAUGGUUGAAUCUGCAGUGUAAAAUGCAGAUGGAUCAGCCAUGAUUAGGAACUGAAAUUUAGCAUAAGAGAGAAAAGGACUUGAUGUACAAAAAUCCCGGUAUAGAGCACUUGGGGGAUGGGGGGGGGGGGGGGGGGUUGGUGAGACAAUCAGAUUGGUAAAUUGAUUAAAUGCUCCUAACCCUGUAAUUUUGUGCAUAGAGCACACUGUGCUGUGGAAAUAACUGUUCUUAGAUUUUCAUUGUAACUGGACUGUUCAGGUUGCCCAGAGGGAAAGAACAUUCCUAAUUCUAAUAAAAUAAACUUUUAUUUUGUUAUUUCA